AUGCAUGGAUUUUCAGCUACAGCUGGUGCUCCCAACCCCGUAAUAGUGCUGCCGCAGUCCGGUCCUGAACCUUGGUUCGAACCCGAACUUUUCCGAACCGGACUCAAGGUCCGGUCACAGGUCUGGCGUGGCCCCUGGACCGAACUCCAAACAGGAUUCUUUACCACUCACUGCUACCGAAGACCAGGCUUCUGGCAAUUCAGGCAUUUCAUUUCGCAGGUCCAUAAUCAGGCAGAGUCACCACCAAGCAUCAGCCAUGUUCCAGCAAUUGCCCAGAAUGCUUCUUCAGCGGCCAACAACUUGCAAUCUCUUUCCAAUGUGAUCACAUCAUCUCCGCUGCUUUUCUUCACAGACCACACCAAGGACACGUUCAAAAUCUCAGGGACGCAAGUCUCCCCAGUCGAAAUUGAGACAUGA